UAUUGUAAUAUUUCAAUAUUCAAAACAUAAAUCUUAAAAAUAGGAAUAUUUGGAGAGGAAUUGAUGCCGUGAGAACAUCCUUGCUUUCAGCACUGGACAGCUCCAGUCGUGUCUCUUCACCCCACCCAAAUGCACGAGAUUGACAAGAGCAAGAGCCAUACCCAAGUCUCGAAUUCAGUAUGAGGGAAAAUGGGCUUUUGAAAGAAUCGCUUCCCCGUACGCGUUAGCCAUUCGUUGAUGGGACUAUUGAGCAGCGCUACAAGAGAACCGUCGCUGUGAAAUCAAAUCUUCUUCAUAGUCGCUCUCAAAACUGUAAGAAGAGACAUCGCUACAGUAUGUAAGAACUGCGAGAACCCUGGCUUGACUAUAACAUCAGGAUAUGUUUAUCGUGUUGGGUACACAGUGUCACAGUGAUCUACAGAUGUGGGCGUUAAGGUUGUUGUGUGGAUUUCUCGUACUGAUCCAAUAGAGUUCAGUAACUUUUGAGAACGCGCAUCUCGAUGUUUACCGUUCGCUGAGGAAUGCUCGCACUUGUGAAGUGAACCUCAAUGGUGUGUGUUAUCCAUCGUGCUUGUUGGCGUCGAGGUAUGGAUGCAUUCCUGCUCUGUCUUCUUUUGCAAAUGGGAAUUGCGAAGGGAUCAAAUUAUGGCUAUGUGGAAUGGUCGGUGAGCGACAAAGACGCAGAAAUCAAGGCAAAAUACCCUGUUUACAGCACACCUAAUACUAAAGACAAGCUGCACCAUCACCCGACCGUCUCCAACAACCCAUCUGUCACCGAGCGAACCGUGGUGGCGCAUAAGAUCGAGGAGGAUCUGCCACGGGUGGUCACCGCGUUUCUGCACACGGGGGACUCGAACACUCUGAAGCAUGUCAAUUGUUCCAGACGGUAUGAGCUGAGCAGUCUCCGCGGUGGCGCGCACGUCGCCUUGCACUACUCCCUUCAAAGCAUCCUCGACACCAUGGCGCACGCCACCAACUUCCUAAACAUGCUCCUGCAAUCCAACACAUCCAGGGAGCACCACAUCGCGAAGGACAUCCAGUGGUACCACGCGUUGGUGAGGAGUAUGUUGGAAUGGAAUCCUAAAAUCCAUCGGGCAGUGGUGACAUUUCACACGGAGUCACCAGAGGCGCCUGGUCCGCAGGUGUUUCUACAGGCAACCAGGGCCGAGAACCAUAUAGUGCUUCAAGAUCUCUCCAGCACGGCGCACCAUCACCUUAAAAACAAGACAUCUGAGUCCGACUGGUAUAACGACUUUAGGGACCGAAAGAGACACCAGCUACAUAAAAGUCAAGGGUUUCCAGCAUCACAAGACGGAUAUUUUUUAGACAGAACUCACGUCAAAUGGUCUGCGCCCUACCUGGAGUGUGAGCAUGGCAGUUUUGUUCCGCACUGGCUUUUAACACUCUCAGCAGGUUUCUAUGGCUUGAAGAACAACAAAGCGCCAGAGUUUAGAGGUGUUGUGCGUGUGGAUGUUAAUCUCCAGGAUGUGGACAUUGACCAGUGCUCCAGCAGUGGCUGGUUUGCAGGCACUCACCGUUGUAACUUGACAACUAUGGAGUUUGUUAAUGGUUUUGAGGACGAAAGCAUGCCAACCUGGGCUGCGUUUCCCGAUAACGUGGUCUCUUAG